AUGACCCUCAGGAGUGGGAAAGAGGUUGAAGGACCAGCACCAGUAGCUCCGAAGGACAAGAAUGAGGACCGCAUUGAGAAGGAGCUUGAGGAAGAAGGAACGCCCGGCAUAAAUAAAAAGGUAAUACGUACCCCAGUGGUUCCAGUUAAGCCUAACCCACCACCUUUUCCUAGCAGGUUGGAAAGGCUUAAAAAGCAUAACAAGAAAAAGGAAAUUCUGGAGAUGUUUAGAAAGGUGGAGAUAAAUAUCCCCUUACUUGACGCAAUUAAGCAAGUACCCCGGUAUGCCAAAUUCUUGAAGGACCUAUGCAUCAAUAGGAAGAAAUUGAGGGGAGAUGAAAGGAUAAUUGUGGGAGAGAACGUAUCCGCAGUGCUUCAAAGAAAACUUCCGCCCAAGUGUGGAGAGCUAGGUAUGUUCACUAUCCCUUGUAAAAUCGGGAACACUAGCAUUAGGAAUGCCAUGUUAGACCUAGGAGCCUCUAUAAAUGUGAUGCCCAAGGCUAUUUAUGCUUCUCUAAAUUUGGGUCCCUUAAAGGAAACUGGCAUUAUAAUUCAAUUGGCUGAUAGGACUAAUGCUUAUCCCGAUGGGGUGAUAGAAGAUGUGUUAGUGCAAGUGAACAAUUUAGUGUUCCCCGCUGAUUUUUAUAUUCUUGAUAUGGGUAAUGAACGUUCUCCAAAUCCAUCACCAAUUUUGUUGGGGAGGCCCUUCUUGAGCACGGCUCGUACAAAAAUUGAUGUUAGUGAGGGCACCCUAACGAUGGAAUUUGAUGGAGAAAUAGUUCAUUUUAAUAUAUUUGAGGCCAUGAGAUAUCCUUGUCAUUCUAAUGCUAUUUUCGCUAUGAGUGUAAUCGACCCUUUGGUGCAAGAAGUGUUUGAAAUUAAUAGCAGGGAUGAAUUGGAGACAGCAAUCACCAAACAUUUGGAUCUGGAAGCAACUUGUGAAAUGGAGUUAGAUGUCAGUUUGCAAAGAAUGGUUGGAGCCUUGCAAUCACUAGGCCAAAGUUCUCUAAGGUAUGAUGUCGCUCCUAUAUUGGUGCCUGAACCACACCUAAAGCUAUUACCCUCUAUCGUGCAGGCACCUGAAGUGGAGUUAAAACCUCUGCCCGAGCAUCUAAAGUAUGCCUAUCUAGGUGAAAAAUGGACGUUACCAGUGAUAAUCUCAUCCAAAUUAUCACCCAGGGAGGAGGAUAAGCUGCUACGGGUUCUAAGGGAGCAUAAGGAAGCUAUAGGUUGGACAAUUGCGGACAUAAAGGGUAUAAGCCCGUCCGUGUGCAUGCAUCGAAUUCGCCUGGAAGAGGAUGCUAGGCCGAUAAGACAACCACAAAGGAGAUUGAACCCCAUCAUGAUGGAAGUGGUCAAGAAAGAGGUAAUCAACCUUCUGGACGUGGGAAUCAUUUUUUCUAUCUCAGAUAGCCCGUGGGUGAGUCCAGUCCAAGUGGUGCCAAAGAAAGCAGGGGUAACUGUGGAAGAAAAUCAUGAAGGGGACCUCGUUCCAGUUCGAAAGCCUACGGGUUGGCGCCAGUGCAUCGAUUACCGCAAAUUGAACGCGAUAGCAAUUGCACCAGAGGAUCAAGAGAAAACAACUUUCACUUGCCCCUUUGGCACUUUUGCCUAUCGAAUGAUGCCAUUUGGAUUGUGCAAUGCCCCUGCAACAUUUCAGAGGUGCAUGAUUAGCAUUUUUUCUGAGUAUGUGGAGAGAAUAAUUGAGGUAUUCAUGGAUGACUUCAGUGUCUAUGGUGAUAGUUUUGACGAUUGCUUAGAUAACCUGACAUUGAUUUUAAAAAGAUGCAUUGAGACUAACCCAGUGCUCAAUUGGGAAAAAUGA